AAUUGGAAUCAAAGCUGUUAACACAAGAAGAAGAAAAAAGGAUUGAGCUGAAUUUCUCAACCACCGUGAGCGUCAUCCAUGGGACGUGGUGUACGCGUGCGGAGAUUUUAGCUUUUUUUUUAAUAUACAAUAAAAUUAUUUUAACAGUGUCUAAGGAAAGGAAGGAGCGAAGGAGUGGGAGGCGCCGUUUCUUCAACCUCUCUCUCUUUUCUGGGUUUUACAGUCAAGAGUUUUACCAUAUAUCAUCGAUUCUUCACGGAUUUCUUAUAUCUAUACGAUUUCUCUGAGAUUCUGGGAAACUGCAAGGACAACGGCCUCGAUUGAAAGUCAAGCUGCAUAAUUUUUUUCAUCCUAUAAAGUGAAAUCAUGGGGCCCUAAUUCCCCAUUUCCCUUAUGAGGUUAUGUUUGGAUGGUAGAGACAUUUUGACUUUCUCUUACAAUGAGUCCACGAAGAAAUAGCAUUACCAAGCAUCAGCGAGCUGAGAAAUUUUGUGGCCAAGGGCCAAACUGGAUCCUCAUUGCAGGGGGGGCCUUGUUGAGCACAUUGUCUAUUCGCUUUGGGUACAAGCUUAAGCAGUCGCUUGAUUUGAAACCUCAAUCGAAUGGCUCUGCUGGUUUAAAAGCCAAUGGAACAUCUGAGAGGCAAAAAUCUGUAGGUUGUUGCUUGCACUUCAACACUUCUUCCUGUGCACAUAAUAGUGAUUGUUGUUCUUUCCGCUCCAUUCCAGGAACUGAGAAUGUGGAGGGAAAAGAGGUGAUAGGCCAGCAAAUGGUAUCCGCACCUGACACUUCACUGCCUCUUGUGACGGUUACUGUUCCAUCGUAUAGCAAAGAGAAUGGAGUCAUGUGGACAUCUUCUCCUGAUCGCCUGGAAUUGCCCCCGAAACCAUACAAUCACCAAUCGACCUGCUCAGAUUCUCCUUGCGUAUCUGAAACCAGCUCAGACAUCUUCAGCAAGCGAGAAGUAAUACAGAAACUGAGGCAACAGCUGAAGAGACGAGACGACAUGAUAGUGGAAAUGCAGGAACAGAUUCUAGAGCUGCAAAACUCGUACAACGCGCAGAUUUCACACUCUAGCCAUCUCCAGGCACAGCUAGACGCAAUGAACAGAGAUCUGUUUGAAUCAGAAAGGGAAGUCCAGAGACUAAGAAAAGCGAUCGCUGAUCAUAGUGUGGGAUGCGCAGGUAGCAAUGGCAAGACAUCUCCUGUUGCACCUUGGAGUGGCCAUGUGAACGGGUUCAUAGACAGCGAAAGCACCUAUGAGUCCCCGGAGAAGGGAGUAAAGGACGGAGAAAGAGUAGAGAUGUUGAGAAAGGAAGUGAGUGAGCUUAAAGAGGUGAUAGAUGGAAAGGAGUAUCUACUUAGGAGCUAUAAAGAGCAGAAGAUUGAGCUUUCACAGAAGAUCAAAGAGUUGCAGCAGAGAUUGGAUUCACAGCUGCCAAACAUAUUAUUGUAGGGUUAAGAGUUAGGGCAUUGUGCAUUCUUGCUUCUCUUCUUUUUUGGUCUUGUUAUCUUCGGAUUCUUCUCCUUUUUCGAGAAAAUGGAUCUAUGUCCUAAGAUCUUUGGAGUCUCUCAACUCUGGAGAUGGAGAUUUUCAGGUUCUUUUCUA